CCCACAGACGAGGCGUGGUCUUCCUUGAGAGGGAGAGCGGGAGUUUGUUGAUCAACUCACGUGAUGUACUACCAGAGAGCCUAAAGAUGACCCCUGGCUUCCCCUCGCCUACAAAAGCCCGGCGCCCGCUCGUCGUUUUGGCCUUUUUGGAGCAGCAACGCCAAGAUCCCUGCCACUCAGUUUAUACAUCUGUCGCACACCAGUUCCCUGCGGCGAUCUGUUACUACUAUUACCACCACCACUACUACCACUUUUGUCACCACCAUCACUACACGCUCGUGUUUCUGCAACGUCAUACCGCGUAGUUGUGUCGCCAAGCUCCGACUCAAGCUCAAGCUCCAAGCUCCCGCUCACGUACCGAAUGCGCCGAUUGACGUCGCGACGCGCCUACCACUGCCACACCCUCGACACCGACGUCGACACGCGCAUGGGCGGCUGCACAGAGGAAUGAAGAUCUCAUCGCCCCCGGGCCUGCACUAUCCCAUCACCAUCCAGGAGCUGCACCAGGCGCGCAAUGCCGACGUCAAGCGGUCGGACCGCCUGUUCACCUACUACUACGAGAGCACCGUGACCGAGGGCGACAAAUGGGGCGGUGAAAAGACGGUCAAGAAGCGCUUUCCCACGCGCUUCGACGCGAGCACCGAGGGCAACAUUACGCGAUGGUUCAUCAAGGCGGGCACCGUCAUCCAGCGCCCAGGCGUCGAGCUGCUCGAGCUGGAGGAGCCCUGCACCCACGAGACGCAGUUUGGCGGCCUCUGCGCCGACUGCGGCCUGGACAUGACAAAGGUCGACUACCUCACCAAGGAGCGCAACGUCGACCGCGCCACGGUCAACAUGACGCACGACAACGUCGCCCUGCUCGUCAGCCACAAGGAGGCUGUGCGCGCCGAGGAGGACACCAAGAAGCGCCUGCUGGGCGCGAAGAAGCUGAUCCUGAUUGUCGAUCUCGAUCAGACCGUUAUCCACACGACAUGCGAGAAGACGAUUGCCGAGUGGAAGGCCGACCCCGAGAACCCAAACUACGACGCCGUCAAGGACGUGCAGGGCUUCCGCCUGCCCGACGACAACGUCUCCAACGUGGGCGCCAACAUGUACUACGUCAAGAUGCGCCCGGGCCUGAAGGGCUUCUUUGACCGCAUGUCGAAGCUGUACGAGAUGCACGUCUACACCAUGGCCACGCGCGCAUAUGCCCAGGAAGUGGCCAAGAUUGUCGACCCCGACCGCAAGUACUUUGGCGACCGCAUCCUCAGCCGCGACGAAAACUACACAGACAAGCUGAAGAGCCUGCAGCGCCUGUUCUACCAGCAGACGGCCAUGGUGGUCAUCAUUGACGACAGAGCAGACGUCUGGCAGUACAGCCCUCACCUGGUCCGCGUGCCCGUCUUCAACUUCUUCCCCGGCGCCGGCGACAUCAACGCAAGCUUCUUGCCUAAGCAGCAGGAGCUCGUCACGUCUACAAAGGCGAAACCCGUUGCAGAAAAACCCGAGGCUGAGCCCUCCAACGCCGUCUCGGACACCGCAAAGCCUGCCGAAUCCGCAUCUGCAGAAAGCACAAAUGACACCAUGAACGAAUUGGAAGCUCAACUGAUCACUUCAAUGGCGGUCGGCGAGAGUUUGGAAACACUAGCAGAGCAGGCCAAGGAACAAGAAAAGGUUAUCAUUGCGCAACAAACCGAGCGGCCGCUCCUACAGAGGCAGCUUAUGCUGGACAAGAAAGACGAAGGAACCGAUGAUCAGUCGCCCAACCACCAAGUCGAGAACGGCAAUGUUGUGCCUGCAGAGUCUCACACUCGGCACAGCGUCUUGAACAACGACGAUCGGGGACUGGAUGUCAUGGAGGCGAAUUUGCGACGUGUGCACCGGACUUUCUACGACGAGUAUCUCAAAUCAAAGGCGGUACCAGCUGGCGGCCGCAUCGCAGAACUAAAAGGCGAGAGGAGUCCCAAGAAGCGUCCAUUCAACGAUGUGAUCCCACAUUGCGGCGAGCUCAUGCCGCGCAUCAAGCAAGAGGUACUCGACGGCGCAGUCGUAGUCUUCUCGGGCAUCAUUCCACUCGGCGUGGAUGUCCAGACCUCCGACUUUGCGCUCUGGAUCAAAAGCUUUGGCGCCGAAGUAGCUAUCAACGUGACCCGGCGCACUACCCACGUAAUCGCGAAUCCCGACCGCAAAACAACAAAAGUAAAAAAAGCAGCACACUACCCCCACAUCAAGAUCGUCAACCCAGAAUGGAUGUUCCAGUGCUGCACGCGCUGGCAACACGUGGACGAGACCCCAUACACCAUCGAAGUCGAUCCAGCAGAGCGCGGUAAUUCCCCUUUCGAAGACCUCGACGAUGAUGUCACCGGCGAAGAGGAUGCCGAGUCCCCCGUCACGCUCGCCUUGACGGCAGACACAUGGGCGAGCCUAGACGACGAACUCGACGAUUUCCUAAACGAGAGCGACACGGAAACCGAAGCUGAAGCCGAGGCCGAGGGCAACAGCGGGAGUGAAAGCGACGCCGAGAGCGUCCGCUCAGACAACAGCUCCACUUCCCAAUCCGCAAACCCCGGAAGCACAGAUAAAAAUGCUCCGAAAAAGAAGCGCAAACGCACUUCCACCUCCACAGAGGUAAGCGAAGCCGAUGACAGCGACGCAAGUGCGUCUACAUCCCGCCUUCAGCGCCGCAAAAAACGCACCAUGGAGCGUGUCACUAGCCUCACGAACGUGCUCACCGCGGAGAAGAGCUCGGGGCUGCCGAGCCCAGAGGCCACAGGGCCUGAGGAAGUGGAUAAAGACGGCGAGGAGGAGGGGGAUGAUGGGCUGGAAGCUGAAAUGCUGGCGGGGUUUGGGAGUAGUGAUGAGGAGUAGAGGGGGAAGUGGACAGGAGUUAGGCGAUUUCAUGCUUUGGGGAUUAUAUACACUGUUCUUGCAUGAAGAUGAGAUGAGAUUGGGGGGAUGCAUAGCGCGGUGUCUUUGGCAUGGAGUCUGGCAUUGGUUGUUAUCCUGGU